AAUUUAGUUUUUCAAUCUUUUCAUCAACAUAUUUCUUUACAAGUGGAAACAAAGUAAAGUAUUACAAUAAUAAGCUACAGUUAUGCUGUAAUCUGUCUCUGUAACAAUGUUGAUAAAGAAAAUAUGUUUUUGAUUUUAACAUUUUUAGUUUGUCUCCAGAUUUACCAUCCAAACAAAAAUAAAAAAUCAAUAUGAAGUAAUAAAGUCUGGAAUGAAACAAUUUUAAUUUUAAAAUCAAAGCAUCAAAUGAAACUUCAGAGAUUUUAACAUGAUUCAUUCUCUUCUCAUCAUGUGUCAAAAAUAAAUCUGAUUUGUGGUUUUUAGUUCUUCUUUUCGACAUUUCAAAGCCAUUUCCCUUUAAUCAGAAACUUGUUAUUUCACAACCAAACCAAUUCGCUGGAUUUUUAAAAGUAAACCCAGAAACCAGAUUUAGUUCUCAAAGCAGUUCUUUACAGUAACAAACAUUUCCAAAAACCCACAGAAAGACAUUUAAACUCUUCUGAAACAGCCCAUGUUCCCACAUAAUAAUUGCAUAAAUAUUACUUUGGUUUAGACUUUCUGAUUAGCUGCACGUGGAAAUGUGCAAAAAGAUAAAUAGAUCAGAAAGUAACAGACUGAUAAAAAUAAUAACUUCAUCUGCGGCUGCAGAAAUAAACACCUGAGAAAAUGAGGAAGCUGAAGUUUCACUGGUGACGUUCAGAAGAACAUCUGAAAUAUUUAGAUUUACCAAAACAUGUUGAGCAACAGUUGCUGCUACAAUUAAAAGUUUUUAAUUGUUCAAGAAAUCUAAUAGGAUGUUUUUAAGGAAUACAGACUCAUUUCAUCUCCAGGUGAUGCUGAGUUUGUGGGGUUUUCUCCUCCUGCUCUCGUCUUUGUGUUUCCUGGUUUGAGCUGCAGAGAAAAACUCUCAGAUCCUCUGACAUGCAGAGAUCCAGGAAGAGGAAGAGGAUGUUUUCAGUGAGGGUCAAACUGCUGCUGGUCUCAUUGGAUCCAGCUGCAGAAUGGAGGGAACAUCUGUCCUCAGGCUGCUGGCUCUGAUCUCUCUGCUGAGCCGCUCAACAAACCAAGUUCAUCUGACUGUGAGUCCCAGCAGAUCUCAGUUCUUUGAAUAUGAAUCAGUGAUUCUGAUCUGUGAGGAUGAAAACGGAUCUGAUGGAUGGACUGUGAGGAGAAACACAAGGAGAGGAAACAGGACUGAGUGUGUUUGGUGGGGGAUAUCAGCUGGUUCUACCUGUAAAAUCAGCUACUUGUUUGAACAUGAUACUGGUCUGUACUGGUGUGAGUCCAUGUCUGGAUCCUCCAGCAGCAGCAGCAGCAUCCAGCUCUCUGUCUCUGGUGGAUCAGUGAUCCUGCAGAGUCCUGUCCUCCCUGUGAUGGAGGGAGAUGACGUCACUCUGAGCUGCAGAGCAAAGAAUCCAACCCACAACCUCCCAGCUGCUUUCUAUAAAGAUGGCUCCUUCAUUGGUGAUGGACCAUCAGGUCACAUGACCCUCCUCCAUGUUUCCAGCUCUGAUGAAGGCCUCUAUAAAUGUAACAUCAGCCGUCAUGGAGAGUCUCCAUCCAGCAGGAUCUCUGUCAAAGGAAAACAUCCAACCACCGUCUCCCUCCACAGCAGGCUGGUCUGCCACCUGCUGGUGGUUUGUCCGUACUUCAUCUCCACCCUCCUCAUGCUGUCUUUAUUUCGCCAGAGAACCAAAGCAAACGACCCACCUGUGUCAGAGGAAAUGACCUCAUCCUUCCACGCUGGGCAGGGAUUGGACGAUGUGUAUGAAAACGUCAUCAGUGAUGUGACGACACAGCAUCACUUCUGACAUAAACUGGUUUCCAAACAUUCAGCAGAAAUGUGAAAAAACUGCUUUACAAAACUUCAACCAUUUUAUGCUCUAAAAAAUCUCUAAAUAAAAUAAUUUACCAAAAAUCAAA